AUGCCUUGUUUGAGUAAUGUGUCGCUCUUCUAUCUGGUUUCUGAGCUGUGCGGUGCGCUGCUGCUCCCAUCUGCUGUGCUUGUGCAUCCUUCUGUGCGUCUCUCUUCCUCCUUGCAGACCUGUGCGCCGCAUUCUAUAUUGAUGGUGACGAUGGCGCGGCACCUGCUGCCCCUGCUUGCACUCGCGCUGUGCUGCACGUCCUUGUGCGCGGCGGCUGGGCCCUCGUCUUCUCCGGUGAGGGUAUUCAGCAGUUCCCGUAGGACCCGGCCGCAGAAAGAGGGGAGGAGGCCGACGGUGGAUGAAACCUUAAGUAAGUUCUUACUCGGCCAUGGCUCGAAUGUCCGCGACCUUGGCCGUCUUUCCGACAACGACCGGGCGAGGUUCCAACGCGAGAAGAAGCCCACUAUAAAAGAGCUUAGUGCUGAGGAGGCCAGGUCUGUAUACAGCAAGUCGUCGCUCGCUGUGUCAAUGGUGGAGAAGGAAAAGAAGGGUAUGGAGGAAGCAGUGAACAAGGCUACUGAGUCUAAUGCAGCAGCGAAGGAAGCUCUGAAUGCUUUAACAGUUGCAUAUACGACAGCGGCUGCAUCGGUAAGGGAAUUUGACAAGAUUACCAGCGCAGCGAGGAGCCGGCGUAAUAGCGCAGUUGUUUUGAAGAAACAUGCCCAAGACGUCGUUGAGAGCAUUAAUAAGACACUCGUUCUGUCUGCUCUCGCCAUUAUCGGUUGCUCCGAUGUAAUAAACAAAACGAGGACAUCAGCGGAUGCCACAAAUGCUAGAAUUGAGCAGCUUACACUGACGUUGGGUAACAUUAAGGAGAUGAGGACCACGCUCGGUGCGGCCGACAAAAACACCGCUGACGCGGAAAAGAAAGCCGGGAACACCAUCACGAGAGCAAAUCGGGUUCUUGAGGCCGCUAGACGAGCAGAGAGGAGCGCAGACGCAGCGAAGGCCAAACUUGCGGAAGCAGUGGGUAAUGCGGAGGAAGCAGACAAAUUUAUGACCACAGCAAAAGGAUACAUAACUACAGAUCCCACCAGACAUCUUUUGGGUGCUGCGCUCAACAGGGGUUGGCGACUUAUGGAGACCGCCGCCAGCGAAGCUCAGGCAGCCAUGAUAAAAGCAGAGACUGCAUUUAAAAGCGUUGUGGAAUCAUUAACUGAAGCUGAAGAAGCGAAGAAGCAUGUUAAGGAGCUGGAGGAAAUUAUCAAAGCUGUGCAAGAAGCUGCCGAAGCAGAACUGAAGAAACACCCUCUGCCUCCGGAGGGGCUAGCUGUGUCCCAGACCCAGGGGGAAUCACUCCAACAGUCUCAACAGGAAGAGAGUGCUCAGCAGAGCGGUUCUCAGGAUAGUACUGUUUCUACUGUUGAUCCAACUUCUGGUGAAGUUUCUCACCCUUCUUCUCCUGCUGUUCUUGCGCCUGCUGUUCCUGCUCCUUCUCCUGCUGCUCCUGGUGCUGCUGGUGCUG